AUGAUCGAGAAAUUAAUUGUCAUUUCUUUGAUUUUAUCGAUAAGGUUCUUGGACGCUUCGCAUUUUCGUGGCGGUACAAUUACAUGGCGCCCAUGGAAUGCUACACCAAGUGGUUCAUCUGCGAAUUUUCUCAUACGUGAAAGGUUCUCUUGGCGCCGUAGUUUUACCCCUGCGAUUUGUUACUGUGACGAUACAACUAUUGCUACGAAAGGUCUAAUAGGAGAGAGUGAUUUGCUCAGUUGCACAGCUGGUAGCUGCAGUGCUUGGACUCCUAUGAGUACAAGAACAUCUUGUACCGAUUACAGUACUAAGUUAGAUGUCAGCUCGGGCGAACGAUUUAACACAUCGAUAUUUCCACUCAAUAUUUCAUUCACCCUUUACUAUAGUAAUAAUGCUUGGCUUAAUGAACUUGUGCUAGGUGGUGGUAGUUAUUGGUUCAUUGCUUGUCGAGUGAAUACUGCUCUCAGACCAGAUGGAUAUCUUAACACAAGCCCUGUUGCUGUAACAAUUCCUAUUGUUUACAAAGAGAUCAACAUUCAGCAUGUUCAUGUCAUUCAAAUGUCGGAUUUUGAUGGUACAGACACACUCAGAUGUCGAUGGUCGAAUGCAUCAGGUAAUAUCAAUCAAUACGAUGAGUGCGGUGGAAUAUGUAUGGGUGUUCCUGGAGCUAGUCUCAUCUCAUCAAACUGUACAAUCGUAUUUACAUUAACAGUUGCAUACAAAUAUGCAGGUGUUGCAUUACAAAUCGAAGAUUAUUAUAGUGCUUCAUCCACAACGCCCAUGAGUUCAGUACCACUUCAGUUUCUUUUCUAUGGUUAUCCUACACCGUCAGGUUGUUCUAUACCACCGACUAUCAUUGGUGAUCGACCUAAUCGAGCAUGUAUUGGUACACCUAUUGGCUCGAAUGUUACCGAAUAUGUUAUUGUUCAAGUAGGCUGCACUGGACAAAGAAUUGUUGAAUUUGUCUCCACUUCUCCAAUUGGCAUGAAGAAAAGUGCAAUUCUAAAUCCAAGUGCAGGUAUUUAUCAGUUGAUUUUGAGUUGGAUUCCAACAGCUGAUCAAUACGGACCACAAUCAUUCUGUGCUGGAGCAGUUGAUAACUCGAGUCUUCAAUCGAAUCAAUGGUGCAUCACAUUCUUAGUUGGAUUCGAAUCACCUAAUGUAAUUCAACCAACGUUUGUUCAAGGUUCGGCAUCACCUAUCGGUACUGUCUUUCAAAACCAGACGACUUUCUCUAUUCAAACCACCAAGUCUGUGAAUCGGCCAACACGUAAUGGUACUUAUAUUUACUUUUGGGAUUCUACACUGGGUGGUACACUCGUUCAAAAAUAUGAUUGUGGUUGGGAACCGGAAGUCACAUAUACUGGAUUUACAACUAUUAUUCGUUUUCCUGUUGCACCAUGGAUUCGUGGGCAUUUCUAUUACGUGACAUUCGAUUAUGGUGUAGCAAGUGGAACUGAAUAUUGUGGACCUGAAUCACCAAAAAUAACUGAUCCAACAUUUUGGGUAUUCAAUAUAUGGGAUCCAGCACAUUCGUCCACGACAACUACAACAACUACUCCAAUGUCAACUGUUACGGUCACUACACGACCAACAUCGACAACCAGCAUCAAUACUCUUUUGACAACCACAGGUAUAGUUAUCACAACGACAACACCUGCUACAACUACCAGCCAGCCAUCCACGACGGCAUCUUUGGUUACAACAAUAGGUACAACUGUAUCAGUCGUGACAACCGAAGCUGAAAUAGUCGUUAUCUAUCCGACCGAUAUAGAAUCUGCAUGUAAAGGAUCCAUCAUCAUAGUCACUGUUGUUAUGAUGACAAUAAUGGGUGCUGUACAAGCAGUAGUAAUGUACGUGACAUUCACAAAAUUAUCGAACAUAUUCAAUCCGUCGAAUGUCAUCGGCAAAAGACGCCACAAAUUGCGAAUGAAGAGGAUCCUUGCGCCAAUGAAUUGA